AUGCAGGCGCUGAAGACGUGGGCUGUACGUGGGUGUACGCUCAAGCCCUUCAGUGUGACGUGGCCCAAAUCUCGGACACCAUCUUCCAGCUCCAAAAUCCCGCAUCAGUUACGAGACCCACACCAGACCGUGGACCCAGAAAAGGGGCUUCCUUUCAGG